AUGAUACUAAAUUAUAUUUUCCAUAAUUCUAGUUUAAAAACCUACGAAAAUAAAAAUGAAAAUAUUAAAAAAAACAAGUUAACCUCUUUCCAAAGUUGUAUAGAAAAUAUGUCUAUUACAUUUGUAUUAUUCGGUUCUUUUAUGAUAAUUUUUAACAUUUUUAUGAACUUUUUUUAUAUUAGAAGAGAUGAGUUUUCAAUCUCCUUAAAAUUAUUUUUUAUAACAUCUGGUUUAUGGGCAAUUAUAAUUAUGAUCCAAAUGUUAACCUUUUUUUUUUCUUCUAAUUUUUUUGAAAAUUCAACGCAUUUACUUUUAAAUUAUUCUAAAAAUAAAAAAGAUAAAUGGAACCCAUUUAAUACAGGAAUUUUUUUAACUAAUGUACUAACUUUUAGUUGUAUAUCUAUUUUAUCCUUUUAUGGAAUAUUCUCAUAUAUAACAAACAUGUUUAAUUUUACAAAUGCCAGUAUUAUUGCUUCGAUUAUUUUCAGUUUAUCAAUGAAUUUGAUAUUUGUUUCAAUGCAAUUUUUAUAUAUAUUUCUGAGAGUAUAUCAAAUUAAGAAUAUAGAAUUUAACUAUUAUUUAUCUCUUUUUUUACCUGGUUUUGCUUAUAUGCUAGAAUUGAUUGAGAUGAAAAUAAAAUCUAAAAUAAGAGAGAAUUUAUUAGAUAAAAAAUCUAAAAAAAAACAUAAACAAAAAAUUAUAUACCAAAAUAUACAUCAAGAUGAAAAUUUAUAUUUAAUUAAUUAG